AUGUCGUCUACCAACCCUCAUUCGAUCACUGGCAUCCCUGCCAAGACUCAUGCGAGCAUAUGCGAGGAGCAGGCCAAGCAUCUCACCUCACCAGUUGCGGCCCCAGGACCGACAGCUGGUGCCAAGCCAUCCCUGAAGACGAAAAAGGCCUUGCCCGAGGUCCAAAUUGCAAAGGAGCAUGGCACAGCCGGUAACAAGCUGGGUGCUGCUGGCGAGACGUGGAAACAAUUCACUGCUGCGCAGAAGACUAAGGACUCCGAGGUGGUGUCGAAGGAGGCUGCGAAGUUGAGUGGGAAGAGAGUGUUCAGACUGAAGAAGUGA